AUGGAAGCCUUCCCACUAGAAGAUAGGGGAAAAGACAUCCGCGACCUUGAUUUGCGUCAAGAUUGUCUCCCCACGCAGCGUUCGCUCGGAGUUUACUGGGACCUAACAAAAGAUGCCUUCACCUUCAAAGUAUGCUUACCCAGAAAGCCCUUCACCCGCAGAGGGGUCCUCUCAGUCGUGAAAGCAGUAUACGAUCCACUUGGCUUGGCCGUCCCGGUACUCCUGGAAGAAAGGGUCACAGUGCCCCGAUGCUACCACCCAGCAGAUUUUGGUAGAGUCGCUCAGGCAGAACUACACGCAUUCUCCGACGCUAGUAAAGACGCCCCAGGAGCCUGCGUUUACUUACGCUUAGUCAACGAUAGCGGAGAGGUAGCCACGUCCCUUGUGUUUGGCCAAUCAAAGGUUGCUCCCCUACAGACUACAAGCAUCCCACGUCUGGAGCUCUGUGGAGCCAUGCUAGCCACACAAGCCGUCGCUAGAAUAUUGAAAGAAAUAGACAUCCAACUAGAUGACAUUAAGUUCUACACCGACUCGAAGGCAGCUCUUGGCUACAUCCAAAACGAGAGCCGAAGGUUCUAUGUCUACGUCGCCAACCGAGUAGAAAUUAUCCGUAGGGUCUCCUCACCCGAUCAGUGGAGUUACAUUGAGACAAGUGACAAUCCCGCAGACCUAGCCACACGUUGCCUCAAUGCAAGUAGUCUGGCCAACUCAGCCUGGCUGAAGGGGCAGAGAUUUCUCAGAAACCCAGACACGGUACAGCCUCAACGAGAGGAUAUUCAACUAGCCGAAGACGAUCCCGAGGUUCAAAGAGAAGUGGUAGCCCACGCAUCAUGCAUAUAUAAAUGCAGAGGCCUCGGAGCGGAGAGAUUUUCACGUUUCUCCAACCUCCACUCCUUAAAACGCGCGAUUGCACGCCUCAUUGUCAAGGUUAAAGAGUUCAGGCGUCAAAAGAAUGAACAAAGGCAACCAAAAGCCAGACAAACCUUCAGGAGUCCUACAGCAAACCAGCUAAAUCAGGCAAUGGACGCGAUAAUGGGGGCAGCGCAGAAGGAAGCCUUUGGCGCAGAGUUAACAAACAAAGAUCUCACGGAACAGAAAGAAGGGGAAAGAUAUCAAAACACGGUAAGGAAGAGAGCCCUGAAGGGCUCCCAGUUUUACGCGCUUGACCCGUUUAUCGACGCCAAUGGAAUUGUUCGGGUGGGAGGACGACUUAGGAGAGCAGAAAUGGAGUAUGGAGAGAAGCACCCUGCAAUCUUACCAAAAGACCACCACGUGUCCGUCCUGGUAAUUCGACAUUACCAUAAAGAGGUCCAUCACCAGGGUCGACAGAUUACGAGUGGCAAAAUUCGCCAAGCCGGCUAUUGGCUGAUUGGAGGUCAUCGCAUGGUAGCGAAGGAGUUAGCUUCUUGUGUGCCCUGCAAGAAGCUGAGAGGCCCCCACGUAAUCCAGAAAAUGGCUGACCUGCCCCAAGAUAGAACCGAGGUAGGCCCACCAUUCACAAACGUCGGCUUCGACGUCUUUGGUCCCUGGACCAUAUCCACAAGGAAGACGAGAGGUGGCGCUGCACACUCAAAGCGUUGGGGUCUUGUCUUCACGUGCUUGAAUAGCAGAGCCAUUCAUAUAGAAGUACUAGAGUCAAUGGACGCCAGUUCGUUCAUUUGUGCACUGAGGCGCUUCUUCGCCAUACGCGGCCCAACAGCCGUAUUGAGGUGCGACAGAGGGACAAACUUCGUUGGGGGACACACCGAGUUAGCCGAAGCCCUUAAAGAAAUGGACGAAACAAAGAUCGAGAGAUUCGUGACACAACACGGUUGUGAGUGGAAGUUUAACCCACCACACGCAUCCCACUUUGGAGGCGUAUGGGAAAGACAGAUCGGGACCAUCCGCCGUGUUCUGGAUGCCAUGCUAGCCGACCUCGGACCAAGACAGCUGACGCACGAAAUCUUGAGCACUUUCAUGGCGGAAGUCACCGCUAUCGUAAAUGCACGACCCAUUGCAGCUUUGCCUUCAGACAUCAACGACCCGCAGCCCCUGUCACCAGCCAUGCUGCUUACAAUGAAAACGCGACCACCAGGACCACCACCGGGCAACUUCCUGCCCCCAGACCUGUACGCGAACCGGCGUUGGAGGAGGGUCCAGUACCUAGCAGAUCAGUUCUGGUUACGGUGGCGCCGAGAGUACCUCCAGAACCUCCAGCCAAGAAGAAAGUGGUACGACGCCCGCAGAGACCUGGCCCCAGGUGACGUCGUCCUUAUGAAGGAAGACAGCCAGAAUCGCAGUGACUGGCCUAUGGGUCGAGUUACGGAGGCCAUCAGGAGCGCAGAUGGCAAAGUAAGAAAAGUGUCACUUAGGAUUGUGAGAGAGGGUAGAGGAAAAGUGUUCCUACGCCCCAUCAAAGAGCUCAUCCUGCUGGUUCCAGUAGAGGCCCAGUGA